UCAACUCAGUUUAAUCGCACCAAUAAAGUAAACCACAUCGUAACAUGCCUCAGGCCAACCUAAAGUUAAGUCCCCAUGAUCAACAGGUGCUCGAUUCUAUUUUCAAUCCCCUCGAGCUCAGCAGCCUACAGACAAAUAACCUAAUUCCCGCUGAGUCCGACCUCAAGGAUGUGGAGCCGGACACCCAAGCCAUCAAAGCUUCCAGGGAACUGGAGCUGAAAGGCAUUGCCUUAUCCGAAAGUGGGCAGCUUGAUGAAGCCCUGGAUCUAUUUGAACAGUCAUUAAAUUUGGCCCAGAGGUCUUCGGUGCUAAAUAACAGGGCACAAACUUUGCGCCUUGCCAAACGCGAUGAGGAGGCCCUUGAUGACCUAAACCGAGCCCUGGAGCUGGCCACUGAUCAGCAGACCCGCACCAAGUGCCACGCCCACUGUCAGCGAGGGGUCCUCUUUCGUAAACUGGAUAAUUUAGAGGCGGCUCGUGCCGACUUCGAAGCAGCAGCCCAGUUGGGCAGUAAAUUCGCCAGGGAACAGCUAGUGGAAAUAAAUCCCUUUGCCGCUCUGUGCAACCAAAUGCUUCGCCAGGCAUUCGAUCAGCUAAAGUAACGUGGUAUGCUCCAGAAUUUUUAUGUGAUUUUGGGUUACUGGAAUAUGUAUAUACUCGUAUACAAAAAUGAGAAAAGUAAACAAAUUUAAAACCCCUGCGUUAAACAACAAACUAUUGCAUUACAUAAAAUUUAAUGUAGGAAACUCCCAUUCACGUUCCCCAAAAGAAAUGUUUUAAAAAUAUAUCUAAGAAAUUACAAGUAAAGCAAA